UUUGUUGAAGUUUGUUGGUGGAGGAUUUAAGAGAAUUAAACAAAUUUUUACGUGCUAUUCGAGUGGUGUACGUACAAGGACAAGAUUAAAACAUUAUAUAAUUUUUAACGUAAAUCAAAUCAAUAUCAUAAUAUUUGAAGACACCCAGGCAGCGACGUAAGGCGUUCCGAAAUUAUGACAAAUAUAAAGUAAACUUCGAAAACUUACCAAAAGUAUUUUGAAUAUCGAUAUAUAUUUUUUAAUUUAAUAAAAAUGUGGGAUAACAUGAUAGAAUAUUUAAAGGAUCCCUUGCUGGUGGUUAAAGUGCAGAACUUCUUUGGAGUGAUAUACAAGAAGGCUAGCCAAAAUGAAGAAGCGAGCAUCAUAUACUCCGAUAGACAUGACCGCGAAGACUUUGAUAUCAGGCAGCAUAAGAGGAUACCUAGUGACAUUUCCGGGACGUCUCAGUCCUCCUGCGAGACGGAUACCUCUGGAGAGAGCCCGGAGGAAGUGGUUUGUUUGAUUAGCAACAGAUUCUGGUACUACCUGUUUGUGUUGGGCACCGCUCUGGGCGACGAGAUAUUUUACGCGACGUUCAUCCCCUUUUGGUUUUGGAACAUCGAUGGUGCAGUCGGCAGACGGGUUGUGCUUGUCUGGACCGUUGUUAUGUAUAUAGGUCAAGGCUUCAAAGACAUAAUCCGCUGGCCGCGACCUGGCUACCCGGUCAAGAAGCUGCAGCAGAAGUGGGCGAUAGAGUAUGGGAUGCCGUCGACGCACGCCAUGGUCGGCGUGUCUAUACCCUUCUCCGUGCUACUGUACACCAUGGAUAGGUACCAGUACCCCAUGCAGUGGGGGCUACUCAUCGCCGUGUCGUGGUGUACGCUGAUAUGCGUCAGCAGGGUGUACCUCGGGAUGCAUAGUGUUCUGGACAUCGCAGCGGGCCUGCUCCUGUCCUCGCUAUUGCUAGUGGUGCUGAUCCCGCUGGUGGACCGGCUGGACGGGUUCCUGCUCACGUCGCACUGGUCGCCGCUGCUGGUGGUGACCACCUCCAUCCUGGCCAUCGUCUACCAUCCCCAGUCCGACAAAUGGACUCCUACAAGAGGGGACACAACAAUGAUAGUGAGCGUGUGCGCAGGGAUCCUCACCGGCGCGUGGACCAACUACCAGCUCGGCAACAUGGUGGCCAGCAGCGCUGACCCUCCCUACACCAUCAUCUGGCCCUCCAUCGAAAUGUUCGGCACCUCCCUGUUGCGCACCAUUCUAGGCUUCUGCGGCGUGCUCGCCACCAGGGCCAUCGCCAAGUCCGUGUCCUACGCCUUCGUUUGCGCUCUGCUGGGCCGAGACAAAAACGAACUGAGGAACUCCGAGAACAGUCUAGAUAAUAAAAAUAAAAUCAUUGUCGAAUGCAGCUACAAGUACUUCACGUACGGCCUCAUAGGGUUCAACACGACUUAUGUUUUCCCGAACGUGUUUGAGUUGCUCUUUAUCAAUAGACCCACUUACUACACUGAGAUUUGAACCUUGUCAAUAUAAUGUUUAUUUGAGUCCGUUUAUAAGUGUUUUCACUUAAAACUUUGAACUAGGUAUAUAAACAAAAAUCUUAUCGUUGAAAUUGGUACAGGGAUCGCAGAAUAAAUCCAAUUUGAAGUUGCAACAUGACGGCCUAUGCAUAUAAUAAUGUCAUAGAAAUUGCGAGGGGAAUAUUAUAAUACAGAAGAGUCUGCGAAAACACAGAUGCACACAUUCCCUCAAUCUUAUAGCCCGAUGGAACGGAAAUCCGACACGACCUGAGAGAGAUUAGCUGCAGGACUCAGGUCAUAUACUUAGGAUUAAAUACAGAAGACUGGCUAAUAUCUGUUUUUGUACAAUGAGCUGUCAUGCGCCUCGUGUUGGACUACCUACUUAUUUUGCAUGCACCAUCAUUUCGGCAGUUGACUUCACGUAAUUUGAAAAUAUGGGCAUUGCACAAAUAUGUUUGAAAUAAAUAUUAAAUACAAUACCAAAAUAUUUUAUGUAUAAAAACCGCCAUAUUCGUUCAAAUGCUUGAAUUUGUAAGCGUACAGGUUUACUCUUGUUACCUCUUUGUGUUUUUCACAAAAUAAGUCAUUGUUAUAACCACCGAAUACUGAGACGCGUUUUAGGGUGAGAUCUACAGAGCGCACUUUGACUUUGCUCAGACUUGAGACACUGUUAAAACAAAGACAGUGUUAUAUAGCUGGUAUAAAUCUGUCUCGUUUUAACUGAAACUUAAGCCUAAACGCCGAUUCGCACCAAUUGCAUACACGUUACACGUGCGUAGUGACGCGCGUGAACCCCUAACUUACUGGGUUACGCAUACGUCCACGCUUUACGCAAGCGGUGUGCCACGUUUCAUACAGUUCCAUACAUUACAACGCAAUGGUACGCGCUACGUCAACGCUUACGCAGCCUGUGUGAACAGGCUAAGCCUAAGCAAAGUCAAAGUGCGCUCAAUAGAUUUCAACCUUAAAUGUUAAGAGUUUUUUCACAAACAGUUAUUUAAUAUUUAAGAAGCUCUCAACUGCUAACAGGCAGUCCAAUAUUCAAGCGUAAGUUUAGUAUCCUUGCAAGUAGUACGCAAACGUUAGAUCACGUUUUACACGACUGCUCAAAAAAGGAGUGUAAUGUUUUCACAUGUGUUGCACCUAUACCCUAUCCGCGGAACUUGAUAUAGCGCUCUCUCUUACGUUACCCCAUACAAAUGAUAGAGACAAAAAUAUCAGUGGGCGCUAAACCAUUUUGAAACACCAGCCAAUCAAAAACCGCUUUUUCUAAUUGAAUUUCGAAUGUUUCUUGAAAACUUUUCGAAUUGAAUUUCGAAUAUUUUUUUGAAAACAUAUUUGUGAUUGAUUGAUGACUCAAAAUGGUUAACGCCCACUGAUAUUUUUGUCUCUUAUCGUAUGGGAUAACGUAACAGAGAGGGCGCUAUACAAAGUUCUUUCCGCGGAUAGGGUUAUAGGUAUAUGCGAGUGCCUUAUGUCUCUGUAAUGUGAUUAUGAUUGUAAUGUUUAGUGAUAUUAUGUGCGUAUGGCUCGAGGCAUAUCGACGCGUCCCUUGUAAAAUGUUACAAACUGAACUUUAUCUCCACUACUCAAGGUCUAUAUUAAUUUGUAUGAAACAAAACGAAAAGAAGGCAUCAAUGCGCAUAUUGUUUUAAUAAAUGUGUUCCUCACAAAUAUGUACACUACCUAGUGGAAUUAAAGUUCAGUUUAGUUUAAAACAUCUUGGCUCUCCCGCGACGUCUCUUGAGCCUAUUAUAUUAUUGUGUAUCUCUUAAAUAGAAAGUACAGGAAAAAUAUUAAUAAAUGUUAAUAAAUAUUAAUAUAUUCCAAUAAAUUAUGCGCAAAAAAUGCUACUAUUGUAAUGUAAUGUUACUAUUGUAAAGAAACAGCUUCAUUCUUAAAAGUCUAUUUAUUUGUCUUUACCAUGUUUUAGCUGCGUAAGGUGUUAUAUAAACUUGUUACGUAAUAUCACCUCAUUACAACAUUAUAUCUUUAAGGGACAGGCGUGUUGUAUAACUUUUUCUCGUAUUGUAUAACAUGUUAGGCUAGUUUUCAUUUCACGGUGAUCGUCGACACUGACAAACCAAUAUAAAAGUACUAGCUGAUGCCCGCGCAACUUCGUUCCCGGGGAUAUAGGUUUUUAAAUCCCGCGGGAACACUGAUUUUCCGAGAUAAAAAGUAGCCUAUGUGUUAAUCUAUCUCCGUUCCAAUUUUCAACCAAAUCCGUCCAAUAGUUUUUGCGUCAAAGAGUAACAAACAUACAUACGAACUUUCGCGUUUAGAUAAUAUUAGGAGUUAGCACGCUGACCGUCGGCGCUGAUAGUUGAAAAUAAUAUAUCUCGCCGUGUGUUAAGAGAUCCGAUUUUGUCUCAUUUCUUUUUUAUUUCAAAACUUGUUAGUAUUUAUCAUUCUAAGUAAAACUGCGGCAUUGAUACGGCAUUAGCUUUUUUUUUUGUUGUAAUAAUUAUAUAAUAAUGUGGAAUAGUUUUGUUUAGAGAACAUUGAAAACGUCAAUUUUGAGCACUGAGUUAGUUUUAUCUAAUUUUAACUGAAAGAAAAAAUGGGAAAGCCGUCCCUGUUUCCACAGCGAGAAAGAGUAAUAAAAACCAUUGCAAUCUUUCUGAUAAAGGCAGGCAGAGUUGUGCAGGAUUGCUUAAAUUAAACGAGAAUUUUACUUAAGGGGCAUGAGACGGGCCUGCCCGCGAAAUUCAAAUUUGGUUUUUCGCAAUUUGUAAACUAAUACGACAACGUAGGCUUAUGGCAUUUUAAUUGCGACAAUGGCAGUAUCAUCCUCUCAAGUUUAUGUAAAGAUCUUUACUUGAAAGGGUCCAGUUUAAGAAAUUAGCUCUAAUAUCGCACAUUUAUGCUGUAUCUAUUUACAGUAUAUUAUAUCGUGAUGUUAAUGGAUCUAAUAUUUCACAAAAACCAGUGAAUUUAAGAUCUUUUACUUAGCAACAUCUCAUACAAGGGGACAGCGUGACUCUUCCUUAGUUCCGAUUUUGGCCACGCUCCAAAAGAUCCUUGUCGCACUGUACAUGGCGAAGACUAAAACAACUCUUUGUUGAUAGAAACGCGCCGACCAGCUACGCGUUGCCGGUCGUGCCGACGGUCAGCGUGAUUGUUAUAUCAGCCUUAUUAUAAAGCGUUCCUGAAUAACGCUGAUAGGUCGGUACUGACGAUCAGCGUGA